UGGAGAAAGCUGGUCGGCGGCCUGUGCUCCAUUGGGAGUAACAGGCGUAAGUAAGUAAUUAAGUGUACGAAGAUCCUAAACUUGUUACGGAACUAUUUAAUGAACACUUUUGUUCCUCAUUAACUGAUGAAAAACCACUUAAUGAUUCAGAACUUAUCACAGCAUCUGCCUGUGAGAUUACUAACGUAGACUUCAAUGUACAGAAUAUCUCUAAGGCAAUUAGUACACUGAAACACUCCUACACUGAUGGACCGGACGGUAUUCCGACUAGCAUGUUAAAACGUGGAGGAAAUGAUAUGUGUGUUUUAUUACUCAAACUAUUUGCGAUAUCACUCUCUACAGCGCAUUACCCUACUGUCUGGAAAACUACACACAUCAUUCCCAAAAUUAAAACAGGACCUGAAGCAAAUGUUGAAAAUUACCGACCCAUAAACAUAACUUCAGUGGUGUCUAGAGUGAUGGAGAAAGUAGUUAAGGCGGCGUUAGUCCAACAUGUAAUUACUAAUAAUCUCAUCUCGGUCUCCCAACAUGGAUUUCUUAGGUCCAGAUCAUGUGAUACAUGCCUAGUGGACUACAUGAAUGAUAUAACUCUGAAACGAGACAAUGGACUCCUUGUAUCAGUCAUAUUUUUAGACUUUAAGAAAGCUUUUGAUAAGGUUCCACACAAACGGCUACUAGCCAAACUACGGUCCUUCGGAAUCAACAACCCACUCUAUUCAUGGUUUGUUUCAUUCUUAAAGGAACGUAAACAAAUGGUAAAGUACCACGACUGUCUCUCAUUACCUAGACCAAUAACUAGUAGAGUCAUCCAGGGAAUUGUAUUGGGCCCACUUUUGUUUCUCAUGUAUAUAAACGAUAUAUGUAACAUCAUAAAAUCUGGGAAACCACACUUAUAUGCUGAUGAUCUCAAAAUAGUAUACAGUUAUAAGCCUGAGGCUCUAAGUGAAAGUGUACCCCUGAUUCAAGAUGAUCUCAAUAACCUAACUAUCUGGAGCGAAAAGUGGCAAUUACCAUUUCACCUCCACAAAUGCGGGAUCAUGCACCCCUAUGAACCCCAACUUUACUUAAAUAAAAGUAAAGUCCAGACACUUAAUUCAGUACACGAUCUAGGAAUAAAUUACACUGGAAGCCUAAACUUUAAAGCACACGCCUCCUCUAUUAUUUCUAAAGUCAGACGUCUAAUUGGCUUCAUAAUGAAAAAUUUCUUCACGACGGAUGCUAAGCUUACCCUUUACAAAAUAUGUGUACGACCUUCCUUAGAAUACUGCCCUUUUAUCUUCUCUAAUAUGAAUACCACUGACAAAAUAAGAGUAGAAGAUGUUCAAAGACGCUUUACACGCCAACUGCUAGGAAGUGACACCACUCUUGAUUACACAAGUAGAUGUAAGCACCUCUCUUUAGAACCUUUAUGGCACCGUAGGUUAAGGAACAAUCUGAUAUUUCUCUACAAAGCAAUAAAUGGACUGUCAUUCCUAACCUCCUGCCCAACUACGAUCAAUAACCCAGCCUAUAGACUAAGAAACAAUGCAUAUAAACUAUUUACCGAAAAACACCAAAAACAAAUGCGUUGUAGGUUUUUUACAGUUCGGUAUAGUUUAUUGUGGAACAGGUUGCCAAUACCUAUCCGUAACUGUGAUACCUUCACCAAAUUUAAAAGGCUAAUAACCCUGUUACUAAACUCUAAAGAACUUCAACUAUUCCUUGAACUCCCGCCUACCAAUGAGGCACUUUAUUAUGGACCGCCCAAUAUCUAGACGGAACAAGAAUAUAACGAACUCCAUUGUCAUUAGUUUGAAUAUAGCAAAACUAAAGAAAACAUGCUUCAUCCUCCCCCACUAUUUAUUGAUUAUUAACCAUGGCCUUCCGCUCCUAACCCUCAUUUUCGGUUUCCGAAUUUCUCUAAUGGAUAAAUCCAAAUUAUUCUUCCUAAGUGUCAUGUCCUUUUAUUUUUCUUAUUACAAGUAGACAGAUAACUCACUAAUCUUAUGGAUGCUGACCAACUAAGGCCGAUCAAAAGAAGCUCAAAUGUCCUAAAUUCUUCCUCCUGCAGAUACUCCACCGAAAACAGAUAUGGCACGGGUGACUUCGUCCUAUACCGUUAUUAAAGCCUCAGAUAUUCCGGAGGGAUAUAAGUUCGAAACUUCUAAAAGCCCCCAACUUCGCAUGUAUCUAUUCUCAACCAUCAGUUGUAUGUUGCAACG